GAACGCACGUUAUUUUUGUCGCGCGCGUUAUUUCAAACCCCUCUUUUUUGAAAGAGCCCAACGAAACCCGAAACUGAAAACUGAGCCAACCGAACAACACGCACACUCGCCAACCUCUUGUGCGUGUGUGCCUUUGUGUGUGUGUGAGUGGCCACUAAAAGUAAUAUCGUGUUUACAAAAAAAGGAGGAAAAUACCCGUAAUGCUACACAAAUAAAAACGGAAAAGUGCAAGUGUGGCAGCAAUAAUAACAGAAACGAAUUCAAGGCAAAUCUGAGCAAGUGCAUGCCGUGGAAAUGAGAAAUCUCUGAGCCUUUAGCUGGAAAUGCCGCAUUUGUUGCGUGCCGCAAACAUUUGUCAAGCAUUUGUUGUUAUUGCUGUGGAAAACUGAGAAAACUGUUGCGGUUGCGGUUAAUUAAAGCGCGAAAAGUAGAACACAAGGAGUAAUCAUCCGACGACCCCAAAACCUAACCAAAAUUAAAAAUAGCCAAAAGAAUAAAAAUAGUGGGGAAACUAAGACUUAAUCCCUGUAAAAGCUGCGGCACAACUUUUGCAUCAUUGGUUUUUAUAGUUGGUCCUUUUCUAAAAUAACCUUUAAAAAUUACAAGUCUGGCUUAACAUUACUAACUUUUGGUUUAAUAAAAAGGAAGAACAAAUUUUAAAGAAAUUUUGAUAAAAAAAAUGUCACAAACGCAUCUCUAUAUUUGUUGAUGUAAUAUUAAUUUAGAAAACCUCCGAAAAUCUUUAAAAUACCAGUACAUGCAUAUAUAUUUACGUUUUAGCGUAAAUUUUAUCAAAUAUUAAAAGAGAAGCGAAACACAUAAGGACUUUACCGAGUCUCGCUAGAAAAUUCCAAGUAGAAAAUUUGCCAUCAUAAAUUCCACUUUUAGCCAGAGAACAUUUUAAUCUUUAAUUAUAUUUUGUCAUUUUUUCUUGUCUGCCCGCUUGUGCCGUCUCUCUUUUCUGGCUCCUGCUUCAAUUUAGGCUAAUUAUGUUGCUUGGGCGGGUUGGAGUAAAUAUAAUGUCCUGUAUAUAAGGCUGGGUCUUGGCCAUUUAUUUCGUGGUGCAUAUUUUUAGGCGCUCCACUUGUCAUUGUUGUUGGUUUUGCGGGUGUACGCGAUUUUAUUAUUGCUGUAAUUAUAAAAACAGCUUCUGGUGUUGUUGCUUUAUUAUCUGCACCUGACUUGUUAGCUAUUUAUUUGUGUUUAUCCAGCCUUUGUUGGCUUUAAACGAAGUGGAAUGUUUUAUAAAAAAAAAAAAACACGGAAAUGAGCGGAAAAGUUGAAUGUUAUUGUUAGCUGUCGGAGCAUGACAGUAUAUUUAUAUUUAUAAAUAUUUAUAAAUAUUUGUUAAUUAUCCCUGUUGUUGCUAGAUUUGUGAAAGCCCAUAAAUCAUUCCGAACAAUGCCGAAAUGCUUGUAAUAUGAAAAAGCACAAGCAAAUGUAAAUCUGUUUUUUAAAGAGGCAGCGCUAAAAGGGAACCCCCAGAACAACAACUUAAUGUCCAAAUGAAAUAAGUGAAAUUUUCACACCGAAAUUAAUAAAGACAUUAGUGCGUGUGGGCGUGGCUCAUUUGGGGCAUUUAACGGAGGCAAAGAUGUGUGCAGCGGAUCCCUUUACCCAGCACCAGCUGCCGCACCACCAUAAAACUGAGCACCACCAAUGCCACCAGCAACUGAGGGUGGAGCAACAGGCUCCGGGAGCGAGAAAAUGGGCCACAGGAAGGACAGCGGCCACGAGUUUGCAGAUCUGGUAUAUCCUACAUGUGAUACUAGUCCUAAUCGACAUUAGCAGCUCGCUGACAAUGACCGAAGUGAAGAUACCCAAUCACAUAAUGCGCCUGAAGAGCGCCACUCUGGGCUGUCGUUAUGCCCUCGAUGGGGAGUCCUUGUACUCAGUGAAAUGGUAUAAGGACGGGCACGAGAUCUACCGUUACGUCCCACGCGAUAAGCCCCCCGGCCAAUCCUUCCCCCUGCCCGGAGUCAACAUCGAUCUGCGUAACUCCUCGGACACACAGAUUCUCCUGCGCCGCGUAACGCUGCAAAGUUCCGGACUUUAUCGCUGCGAAGUGUCCGGUGAGGCGCCCGCAUUCAACACCGUAUCCGAGUCGGAGACCAUGACCGUUGUGGUGACUCCCAACCACGGACCGAAGAUAACCGGCGGGCAGCCACGCUACCAAAUUGGAGACACAGUCCGGGUUAAUUGCACCUCGUCGCCGUCCAAGCCCGUCUGUCACCUGAGCUGGCUAAUUAACGGGGAACCAGUGCAAAAGACGCACCUGCGGCAGUUCGACAAGGUGGUGGUGAAUCGGGAUGGACUGGAGAUGGCCCGCCUGGGAUUGGAGUUCCGAGUGCGGGCUUACCACUUCAAGCACGGUGACAUGAAGUUGAAGUGCGUGGCCAAGAUCAGCUCACUUUAUCUGCAGAGCAACGAGGAGAGUGUGGAAAGCGAUCGCCAGCAGAGGGCUCCGGCUUUGGAAUCUCGGGAGACGGUGGCUGCCAAAUCCAGCACGAUUGCUGCUGCAGCAUCAAAGCUCCCAUCCGGCCUCAUUACUUUACUGCCUCCGGUUAUCCUCCUGCUGCUGUUUCACAAUUGGACCUGGCCAAGAGACAGUUAACUAUUCGAAGAAUAAGGAUCGCAAAAACUAAAAGCCCAUAAACUAGCAGAGCCAUUCAAAAAAGCAGACAUAUCCUAUGCCAAAAACUUUGAGACAAAAUCCAAAGGAAUUAUUUAUAACAAAGCCAUUGGUUAUCUUUAAAAUUCAAUCGAUGUAUGUGUGCAUGAAAAGAGGAAUCCGAAUUCCACUAAUUAAGAGCCAGAUAUUAAACUAAAAUACCCAAAUGGUAACUACUCAAUGUGAGCAUUUAAGCAGAGGCUAAGCAACUGUAAAUAUUUAUUCAUAAUAUUAGGCAAUUGUAUGUAGUUCUAAGAAAAUCGUUGUUUAGGCAAAACAUCCGUUGAUCUUUUGUGAUAUUUUCUUCAUUUUGAAAACGAAAGGAAGUAAAACCGUGUAGGAAAUUCUUUAGAGUCAACCAAUUCGAUCUGAUUUUUAGCUUCCUUUCCAUUUUAUCCACCCUCUUCGGGCAUAUCAAAAGAAACCAAGCAUUUCGAUUGUAAAAAUAACAUAUUUUCACUUUGAUCUUCAUACCAAAUCAAGUCUACAACUUAACCUAACCGAACUUUUCAUUAACUUAACUUUAGAACCUAAGCAAGUGUAAGAAAAUUGUAAAGCAAAAAAUCUAAACUUUAUAGCAUUAAAAUUAAGAAAAGUGAAGACGUAACUAUAAAAAAUUACUAGACAGAAAAUAAGCUAAGCAACGAUUAGGCAAAACUUGCAUUUGCAUUCCAAAAAUUCCUCAAAGAGAAAUAUAUCUAUAAGUAUUUUUGAUCAGAAGCCUGUAAAUAGCCUGGUAAGAAGCCGAGGAUUGCACAAGUUAAAAACUUUAAAAUUUGGCCAGAGUCUCGAUAUAAGUAUGUGUGUGUAUCUGAAUGUUAUCGGUUCAAUCAAUGCCCAGCUGAGAAAUGUUUUAGACCAAAAGUUAAAAACUUCUUCUUUUAACAACUUUGAAUAGAAAUUUAUCAUUACUUCA